AUGCCAUAUCCACAUACGAAUGAAAUAAUUCUUAAUUAUUUAAAAAAUUUGGUAGAAGAAUUUGGAUUGUCAAAUAAAAUAAUCUGUGGAGUAACAGAUAAUGGCAGUAAUAUGAGAAAAGCAUUUGAUACAUGGGAAGGAGUUGAAAGGCUCCCAUGUACUGCACACACUCUCCAACUUUCUGUAAAUAAAGCUCUUAUAAUAAUAAAACCUUAUGUUAAAAGAUUCAAAAAGCUGGUAAAAUUUUUUUCUACCUCCCCAAAACAAAGUGAAAGAUUGGAUAAGGCACAAAUUGAAGUUGCUAGUCGUGA